AUGAACAUUACCUUCUACCCUAAUGAAGAUGACUGCAGCAAGUACUGGGAGUGUGACAACGGAAACCUUUACAAUGGCUCAUGUGCUGAUGGCUUGGUGUGGAAUCCCAAUGUGAACUCUUGUGACUGGCCAUAUAUUUACGACUGUCCUUACGAUAAGAAGGAGCAAGGUAUGUUGCCGGGUGAGGUUCCCCAACUGCAGUCACGCGCAGACCCGCCAGUAUGUCCAGAACGAAUUCCAGGUGUGGCAAUGAACAUUACCUUCUACCCUAAUGAAGAUGACUGCAGCAAGUACUGGGAGUGUGACAACGGAAACCUUUACAAUGGCUCAUGUGCUGAUGGCUUGGUGUGGAAUCCCAAUGUGAACUCUUGUGACUGGCCAUAUAAUUACGACUGUCCUUACGAUAAGAAGGAGCAAAGUCUGUUGCCGGGUGUGGUUCCCCAACGGCAGUCACGCGCAGACCCGCCAGUAUGUCCAGAACGAAUUCCAGGUGUGGCAAUGAACAUUACCUUCUACCCUAAUGAAGAUGACUGCAGCAAGUACUGGGAGUGUGACAACGGAAACCUUUACAAUGGCUCAUGUGCUGAUGGCUUGGUGUGGAAUCCCAAUGUGGACUCUUGUGACUGGCCAUAUAAUUACGACUGUCCUUACGAUAAGAAGGAGCAAAGUCUGCCGUCAAGUAAACCGACUGAGUGUCCUCAAACUUCAAAUGGUAAACAACUGACAGUCACAUUUUAUCCCGACGAAAAAGAUUGCACAAAAUUCUGGUCAUGCGACAACGGAAAUCUCUUCAAGAGUUCAUGUCCAGUUGGUUUGAUAUGGAAUCCCAAGAUUAAUGCUUGUGACUGGCCUUAUAACUACAAAUGCCAAUACUAG